GGUGGGGGUAGGGGGUGCGGUGGGGGGUGGGGGUCCUCCGGCGCUUGGGGGUCCCAGUCCCCGCCGGCUGCCGAGCGGGAAGGGUGGCGGAGGAGCCGCAGAGAUGUCCGGCCAGAGCUUGACGGACCGAAUCACCGCCGCCCAGCACAGUGUCACCGGCUCCGCCGUAUCCAAGACAGUAUGCAAGGCCACGACCCACGAGAUCAUGGGGCCCAAGAAAAAGCACCUGGACUACUUAAUUCAGUGCACAAAUGAGAUGAAUGUGAACAUCCCACAGUUGGCAGACAGUUUAUUUGAAAGAACUACUAAUAGUAGUUGGGUCGUGGUCUUCAAAUCUCUCAUUACAACUCAUCAUUUGAUGGUGUAUGGAAAUGAGCGUUUUAUUCAGUAUUUGGCUUCAAGAAACACAUUGUUUAACUUAAGCAAUUUUUUGGAUAAAAGUGGAUUGCAAGGAUAUGACAUGUCUACAUUUAUUAGGCGGUAUAGUAGAUAUCUUAAUGAAAAAGCAGUUUCAUACAGACAAGUUGCAUUUGAUUUCACAAAAGUGAAAAGAGGGGCUGAUGGUGUGAUGAGAACAAUGAACACAGAAAAACUACUUAAAACUGUACCAAUUAUUCAAAAUCAGAUGGAUGCCCUUCUUGAUUUUAAUGUUAAUAGCAAUGAACUUACAAAUGGGGUAAUAAAUGCUGCCUUCAUGCUCCUGUUCAAAGAUGCCAUUAGACUGUUUGCAGCAUACAAUGAAGGAAUUAUUAACCUGUUGGAAAAAUAUUUUGAUAUGAAAAAGAACCAAUGCAAAGAAGGUCUGGACAUCUAUAAGAAGUUCCUGACUAGGAUGACAAGAAUCUCAGAGUUUCUCAAAGUUGCAGAGCAAGUUGGAAUUGACAGAGGUGAUAUACCAGACCUUUCACAGGCCCCCAGCAGUCUACUUGAUGCUUUGGAACAACAUUUAGCUUCCUUGGAAGGAAAGAAAAUCAAAGAUUCUACAGCUGCAAGCAGGGCAACAACACUUUCCAACGCAGUCUCUUCCCUGGCAAGCACUGGCCUGUCUCUAACCAAAGUGGAUGAAAGGGAAAAGCAGGCAGCAUUAGAGGAAGAACAGGCUCGUUUAAAAGCUUUAAAGGAACAGCGCCUAAAAGAACUUGCAAAGAAACCUCAUACCUCUUUAACAACUGCAGCCUCUCCUGUGUCCACCUCUGCAGGGGGUAUAAUGACUGCACCAGCCAUUGACAUAUUUUCUACCCCUAGUUCUUCUAACAGCACAUCAAAGCUACCAAAUGAUCUGCUUGAUUUACAACAGCCAACUUUUCACCCAUCUGUACUUCCUAUGCCAUCUACUUCUCAGGUAGCAAGUACAUGGGGAGAUCCUUUCUCUGCUACUGUAGAUGCUGUUGAUGAUGCCAUUCCAAGCUUAAAUCCUUUCCUCACAAAAAGUAGUGGUGAUGUUCACCUUCCCAUUUCUUCAGAUGUAUCCACUUUUACUACUAGGACACCUACUCAUGAAAUGUUUGUUGGAUUCACUCCAUCUCCGGUUGCACAGCCACAUCCUUCAGCUGGCCUUAAUGUUGACUUUGAAUCUGUGUUUGGAAAUAAAUCUACCAACGUUAUUGUAGAUUCUGGGGGCUUUGAUGAACUAGGUGGACUUCUCAAACCAACAGUGGCUUCUCAGAACCAGAGUCUUCCUGUUGCCAAACUUCCACCUAACAAGUUAGUAUCUGAUGACUUGGAUUCAUCCUUAGCAAACCUUGUAGGCAAUCUUGGCAUUGGAAAUGGAACCACUAAGAAUGAUGUAAAUUGGAGUCAGCCAGGUGAAAAGAAGCUAACUGGAGGAUCUAACUGGCAACCAAAGGUUGCACCAACAACUGCUUGGAAUGCUGCAACAAUGAAUGGCAUGCAUUUUCCACAAUACGCACCCCCUGUAAUGGCCUAUCCUGCUACUACACCAACAGGCAUGAUAGGAUAUGGAAUCCCUCCUCAAAUGGGAAGUGUACCUGUAAUGACACAACCAACCUUAAUAUAUAGCCAGCCUGUCAUGAGACCACCAAACCCCUUUGGUCCUGUAUCAGGAGCACAGAAACUGAGCUCCAGUGCCUUGGUUUGAAUGGUGCUACACGAAAGAUGUUGCCCUUGAGAUGUUUGUACCACAAGACACGUCUACAAAAAGAUGUGAAUGUUAUUUUUUUUUAUUAGAUAACUUCCUGCCACUGAGGAUUGUAUUUAAACACAAACUGGUGGGGGUGGGGGUGGGGGGGUGUGGGGAGGAAGGCAAACAAAGAAACAAACAAAAACUUGAAAUGCCAUGCUGACCUAAUUUCUUUGAAGGGGAGACUUUUCAGAUGUUUCGUAGACCCUCUCCCAGGUCCUGAAAUUUCACCCCAAAUACUGUUUGUUUUUCAUCCCAUUUUUGUUAGCAUUAGAGGAAUCUGGAUUUUUUGUUUUGUUUUGUUUUUUGAAAGUUUCUCCUCAUUAUGGGUAGGAGAGCUAUGAGAUUUGUUAGUCCCUUCUUUCUGGCAUACUAGUGGAUGAGACACUCAGGAAGUGAUAGAAUUUUUUUUCUAUCACAAGGGGAUCGAUCCUUUUGUUUUUCAGCCCUUUUGAAGAAUUUAACUCAUUUCAUAAAUUAGCAUCUUAGGGAGUACCAGUAACUUGGAAUGGGUAGUGAAUUUCGUUCUGAUUAAAAGGUAAAAUCCAUGUUCUUUGCAAUUCAUGUAUUUACCCUCUUGCCUCUUUUUUCCAUGUUAAAGUGAUCUUCCUGUUUGUUUAUCAGAGUAUUUACCAUGAAGGUUGCUGGGAGUAAGGGUACUUGAUGCAGCCAUAACUUUUUUAUAAGUCACUUAUUUCGUAUGUAUUUGUUUUUAUAAGAUGGAUUAUGGAUAUGUAUACCUUUCUUUCCCUUCUUUUACCAGUAGUAGGCCUAAGUACUGACUUAACUUGCUAAAGAAAGAAAUAUAUUAGAUUUUGAUAAUCUUUUAAAAUGUUGAUGAUUUCCCUAACUGUUGGUGUAGAUGUUUUCUUGAGAUUAUAUGUCUUCCUCGUGUCAUUUUGUUUUGCUGUUUUUUUCUUUUUCAGUUUUUUCUUUGUUAUCUAUACUUUUAACUUCAGAUAUGUAUCAUUUAUUUAAUUAAAAAAAUUUUUUUAAUGUUUAUUUACUUUUGAGAGAGCAAGCACACAGGGAGGAAGGACAGAGAGAGAGGGGCAGACAUAGAAUCUGAAGCAGGUUCUGAGCUGUCAGCACAGAGCCCGACGCAGGGCUUGAACUCAUGAACUGUGAGAUCAUGACCUGAGCCGAAGUUGUUGGAUGCUUAACCAACUGAGCCGCCCAGGGGCCCCAGUAUCAUUUAUUUUUAAAAAUUACUUUUAUUUUUUUUGCUGAUUGGACUAAGUGAUUAGCACCUGAAAUGUAUUUAAGAGAAAAAGCUACAGUCCAGAGCUAUACAUUUACCAGGAACUACUGACUACAGUAAUUUUUCCCUGAUGUGUGACUAAACCCUGUAUCCCCAGUCUGGGUCUUAUCUUGCAGGCUCCUGUCUCGGAAACAUAAUACUUCAUAAACUUAAGCUUGGAUAACGCCAGACUGUUUGCAGGCACUUACUGUUUCACCCUCUUCUCAACAUAAUACUUAAGGUGGAUGGGCCAACCAUCCUAUUUUUCCGAUAGAGAAAGCUGAGACUUGGAAACGUUCUUCAGCCAAGUAAAUGGUGAAAUGCAACUAUCCCCAGGAAUCCCUCAUUUCUGGUGCAGUGCUCAUUUGUAUCACUCUGCCUCUGUACUAAUGGGACUGAGUCCAUAUGGCUAUUCUACUAGCAUGUAGCACUGAACCACUCUGCCAAUCUUUUGAGUUUCCUGCUGGAUUAUAAACUACAUUUACACAUUUCAGGAUAUAACUACUAUAAAUGUCAAGAACAUCUAUAGUUGUAGGGAAUGCUUUCAACCUUCCUGAAACAUUUUGUAUGAAUUUUGCUUUUUUAAAAAAAUAUAUGGUUAAAAAAAUCAUAGUAAAAAUCUACCUUUAUAAAAAGUGCUGACUCCCUAGCAUCUGCUCUUAAUCCAGGUUUUAUAUACUGUUGCCUUCUAAAAUCCACAUAACACCAAAAUAUGCAAACAUGAAACAUCAAAAAACAUGCUAGAAUUUUCAUGUCAUGAAGAGAGACAGUGGCAGAACUACCUUUUCCUAAUCAAAUUAUGUCAAAAGAGAAAAGAAAUGAAAACAUUAGAGCAAUAAUGCUCUAUUAUUGCUGAUAAUAAUUAACUGAUUUCUUCCAGUUAAGAAAUCAAAUUUGAUGUGCGUACUUAACUUUGAAUAUUAUAGAUGAAAGAAAGCACAUAAAGGAAGCAAAUGGAUAACCAGGAAAACAAAUCAGGUGGCAAUGAAGUGACUCAAAAAAGCUUCAGUCAGUUUGAAUCAGUUGAACGGCAGAAUCCUAAAUCUUUUAAUGUUACUUUUAAUUCCUUUUCUCCCUUUGUUCUCCAGGUGUCUCAUCACAAAGCCCUACUAAUUGUUCCUCUGCUGUCAUUAGAUCCACCCUUCUUGUCUUCUGCAGGGACCCUUAAUCUCAGGUUUCUUUUGCAGUAGUUUCCCUGUGUAUCUUGCCUUGUAAUUUAAUCUAUUUUAUAAAUACUCCAGUAAUCUGAUAUGGCAGUAUUUUUAGCGUCUUAUCUCCAUAUUUAAAAAUAAGGAAGUGAAUCUAAAUAUAACAACAUAUGAACAUCCCUUAGCUUUCCUUCUGGCUUAACAGCUGCCUCACAAAGUCUCCAUAUUUGUAACAGUAAUAGUGAGUAAACAGAAUAUUCAGGUUCUUCAAUUCCCAUGCCUUUAUAGUUCUCCGUAAGUAUCCAGUUUUCUGCUGCUACUUACUAUCUUUGCCACAAGGCCUUUAUCUGUCAUAAAGUAGAUUAAUUCUUUAUUCUUUAAGUUUUUAUUUUAAUUCUAGUUAGUUAACACAUAGUGUUAUAUUAGUUUCAGGUAUAUAGUGUAGUGACUCAACAAUUCCAUACAUGUCCCAGUGUUCAUUCUUCACUAAUUCUUUAGUCAUCUCUCAUGCCCUUUCAGUACUUCUGAGAUCUAAAGUUCUUUUCCUUAUCCUGUAUUAUUUUUCUUUAUAGAACUUACCACUAUCUAACAUCUGUUCAUCUGUCCCAUCUGUCCCAUCUGUCCAUCCGUCAUCCAUCCAUCCAUCCAUCCAUCCGUCCAUCCAUCCAUCCAUCCAUCCAGUGUAACAAGAGACUCCUGUAGUAGAUUGUAAGCCUCCUAGAGAUAGGCUUCUAUGUGGCUUGUUUACUUCUGUGUCCCUGGUUCUUAGAAUAGUACCUGACUCGUAAUAGUUUUGAACAUUGUCAAACAAGUGAAUCUGGUUGAAAAACUUUCCUUUUCUGUUGUGUAACUUACUUGUUCCUCAUUGACCUCUCUUUUUACUUACUUAUGACCACUGUAAUAAUUUAGAGCAAUGUUUAAGAUUGGUUUAAUUUGUUAGCUAAUGGUUAUUGUAACCUAAAAUAUUUGACAACUGUCACCUAAGGAAUGAAGAUACUUUUAAUUUUGUGAUUGAUUUUUUUUAAGUUUAUUUAUUUAUUAUUUCUGAGAGAGCGAGCGAGAGCACGCUCAAGUGAGCGCCCAAGUAGGGAAGGGGCAGAGAGAGAGGGAGACAGAAUCUGAAACAGGCUCCAGACUCUGCACUGUCAGCAUAGAGCCCAACACAGUGCUCAAACUCAUGAGCCACGAGCCACUGUGGCUCCCCUAUGAUUGACUGUUUUUAAUAAUUAAAACAAUUAAACUAUUUAUGUUUGAAGUAGGUAUUUUUCAUGUUUUAGUUUUUAAUUGUUCUUAGGUAGUCCCUUGAAUUAAUUUUGUCCAUUCAAAUGCUAGCUGUAACCAGAUAGUUACAUUUUUAAAUUUUUUUAACGUUUAUUCAUUUUUGAGAGACGGAGCACGAGUGGGGGAGGGGCAGAGAGAGAGAGAGAGAGAAUGAAUCUGAAGCAGGCUCCAGACUCUGAGCUGUCAGCACAGAGCCUGACAUGGGGCUCGAACUAACAGAUUGUGACGUGAGCCGAAGUUGGACCCUUAAACGACUGUGCCAUCCAGGUGCCCCCCCAGAAUAAUUUUUCUUAAUGAAUUACCUUUUAGUUCUCUCAUUAUUUCCUCCGCCCCUUUUUUCAAUUGGAUUCCUACUUACUUGAAGACCAACACCAUCUUUGUACGUGGUAAAUGAAAUGGUAAUUUAAAUGUAAAAUGAAAUCCCAUUAAAAUAGAACCUUUUAAUCAACUCCCAGUACUACACCUAGUGCCAAAAAUCUUUCCCUGCUCCUUGAAGUGCCUUUUUGAGUCCUGUUACUCACCCAGAACGUUACUUGUAUCUUCUGGUCUUGUGAUUAUUCUAAAUAAAGUUAAUAUUUUUGAGAGUAUCUCAGCCCUCCUAGAUAUGUUCAUCUUAUUACAUUUAAUGAGCCAUUCCAAACAAUAUGUUCUGUGUCCUACAUUAUAUCUAGGUUAUAAGUGCUGCAUUAGUGCCUGUUAGCUAAUACCUUCCGGAUGGCUGUUAGCUCAGACUAGACUAUUCUGUUCUUUAGUAUAUUGUCUUUAAUAGACUGCACUGUAGUAUUCACUAUAGUAGUGAAAUUAUGACUUUCUAUACACUUACCCUGUUCUCAUCUCAUUUUUUUGUGCAGGCUUAUUCUGUAUUUUUUAGAUAGUUUUGUGUAACUGUUAGUUGCUUAAAAAGAUGGGGAUUAUGUUCUGUUUCAUGCCCAACACUGUAGCUUAAAAAAAUAUAUAUGUGUUCUACAUUAGUGCAUCUUCCUAGAUGUUUGACUACAUGGAAAAUACCAGCUCCCUGUGGUUAGUGAUUUUUUUUUUUUCUCUUCUGUGCUUCCUCUCAGUUUUAUUCACUAUUUAAUGGCUUGUUACAAGUGUGCCUUUUUGUUAACUAGAGUAGAAUGGGACUCUUACACCUUCUCUUAAUGGUGUUUUAUGUAAAUCUUACUGAUACUUACUGGUGUAUACAUGGAAAUGUCCAUUGCUGACCAGUAGUUUGUUAAACUUAUCCUGCAUUGCAAUAUGCAGCUAUUCUAUUAGAAGCAUGGAGACAGUUAAUCUAGUUAGUUUCAGUUUUCUUUUGAAAGUCAUUAUGAUGUGAAAUAACACUCUUUUAUUGAAUAUCAGGCAGUUUAGAUGUUGUUGAAGAUCCUAAAGGCGGGGCGGGGCAGGGGGAGGUGGGAGUGAAUGUUGUGUUAGUUAUGUUCUUAUCACUUCCUUGUAUGAGAAACUCACUCUGAUUCCAUACCAAUGUAUUUUCUCAAAAGCAAUAUGAAAAACAGAAUGUUACACUUGGGUAUUUAAUUUUUAAAAUAGCUUUUAAGAGUUUUAUUGGUUUUGAUUGGUAUUGUUGUAUUUUUGUUUGUUUUUUAAAUGGAGGCUUGCCAGUUUUGUUUAUGGAGGAUAUGGCUAAAGAUGCAAAAUGGAUGCUGUGUUUUGUUUGUAAUGGCCAGUUUGGCCAAUUUUAAAUAAGUCUGACAUCAGUUAAGUGUCUGAAAGGAAACAAAGGCUUGUUGUGAGUGCCUUUUACCCUUCUAAAUAGGAACAUUGUUAGAUAUAGGAAUAAUUCAAGUUUUACAAAAAAUUGCCUUUUUAAUGACUUUCUUGUGUGUCAGAAUUAGUGACUCUUUUUGUUAUUGGGGCUUAGUUUCUUUCUCUUUUUUUCUUUCUUUCUUUCUUUUUUUUUUUUUAAACUUUCCUGGUGCAUUAAUUGUGGGUGUUGGCAGUGCCUCUUCUGUCAGCUGAUCUGUCCAGCUGGAUUUCUGUGAAAAAGGCCUUUUGCCUUGUCAGCAGUGUGUUAUGCUCAUUUAUUCUUGCCUGGUAGACUGUAAGGAAAUUUAUGUUGGGAAUUGGGAUUUAGCACCAUAGGUGAGAGUGGUUCUGUAGUCCCCAGGGCACACGUGAAUCAGUCAAAAAUUUGAGGAGUUCCAUCUGCUGACAAUUGAAGAUAUUAAGACAACCUGUAGAGUAAGACCUUCUUACUGGGUUUUUGCUGAGGACUUUCUUUGUAAAAAGUGGAGAUCUAAUUUCUUGUCUUGAAACCAGAACAUAUUCUUAAAAUCUUGAAUGACUGUAAAGUUCUACAAAAUCUUCGUGAUGAACAUCAGUGACCAUAUACAGCACUGUAUAGAUGAAAACACAGCAGUUUAUUGACUGUUUAACAUUUACUAGAGAAGUCCCUUUUAAAAAAUUAUUUCUCUACUCUCACUAUAAUUUUUCCCUGUAUGUUAAAUGUAGCCAUAAAUUCUAGCUAAGUUGAAAUUAAUUGGGAUAGCAGAUUUUAGAGAGGAAUCGAAGCACCUGCCUUGGUGUCAGCAGAUCUGCUUUUGAGUCUACUGUUAAGUGUCCUUGGACUGCCUGUAACAAGGUGGACCACAAACUUGAUGGCUUAAAACAGAAGUGUAUUCUCACAGUUCAGGAGGCUAGAAAUCUGAAAACAGGGUGUCAGCAGGGACAUGCUCCUUCCAAAUCCUCCAGAGUAAGAUCCUUCCUUUCUUCUUUUCAGAGGGAAAGAUGUAGCCCCAGUCACUUUUUGGUUGGCACUUCAGUCUCUGCCUCUGUCACGUGGCGUCCUCCUGUGUCUGUCUGCAUGUGGCAUUUCCCUCUUAUAAAGACACCAGUCAUUGUAUUAGGGCCCAUUUUAACGACUUCAUCUUAACUUGAUGACAUCCGCAGAGACGCUGUUUCCCUAAGGUCACAUUCAGAGAUAGGUCCUGGGGUUUAGGUCUUCAUGUUUUUGUGGGAGGACACAAUUCAAUAGUGUCACCUUGUCACUAACGGUAUUUCAGGGCAAGUUGCCUAAGUAACUUGCAUGGACCUCAGUUUCCUUAUCUGUAAAAUGGUAAUUUUACCUUGUGUACUUUAUGUUUGCCAUAAGAAUCAGAUAAAAAUAUUUGAAAUUGACUUAGGGAUGUGGAGGUUUGUUGUUUUUCUUUGUUGAUUAUUAUAAGGAACUUUUUUGUUUUUAGAAGGAAAUUUUAUAAGGUUGCUUCAUGUUCAGUGCUUGUCUCUAUUUCCAUAUUCUAAUUUAAUUUAUUCUAAUUCUAAUACAGUUUAUAUUUCUUUCCAUGCAUUACAAGUAAUCUUGAUUGUAAAUAAUUCAUACUUCAUUACUUUGAAACCUUAAUUACGACUCACUAUUGUCUGACAACAUCAGAUGUAAAUACGCAGGCAUAGGCCACGGUGGUGAGAUGGGGAAGUCGGGCUGAGCACAGCGUGCUUUAGGGCAUGGAUCGUCCACAUGCACAGUGUACUGUGGACAUCGUUCUUAAGAACCAAGAUACAUCAUUCUUCAGGACUGUAUCAGAAGCACCUUAAUUGGCUCACCAUUUAUGGAAGAUAGUGUUACCCAGAAGUAUAAAACUUUAGUUUAUAAUAAUUGAAAUAUUUUUUUGGACCAAAUAAACAAACUACUCUGUUUUGGGGGAGGGGUAAACUUUUUUGUGGAAAUUCAAUAUAUAUUGAAUUCAAUAUAUAUUCAAUAUUUAAAUUUUUAGUGGAAACUCAGUAUAUAAAUCAGGCAAAAGCAAGCUCAUAUAUGGAAGACAGUUUGGAAAAACUUUUUUAGCCAAGCUGAAGUGCUGCAUUUCCAAUAAAUGGCAAAUAAGUAGUACAUUAUAGGCACAUUUCAUUAUUUUGUCUUCUGGCACCAGUUGACAUAAACCUUAGCUUUUCAUUUUCCUUGGUUUUUGAGGAGUAAGAAGUUGAAAUCUAGUAGGAAUCAGCAGUGAGCAUUUAUUUCAACUAAGUUGAGCCAGUGUUCUGUGAUGCCCACCCAUUAAGUAGGACUUUAAAAGGACUUCUCUUACUCUAGGAAGCACUUAUGAUAUACAGAGGAUGUUUAUUUUUAGCUAAGUCAGUUAAUAUUUUCUCCCAGAGUUUAGGAAAUCUUGUAAUCUAUUUCCCUUUCUCCAGUUUGGUUUUCUUUAACUAUUGGUCAAUGUAGGUUGCCCUAAUUCUAAUGAGAUGACGUUAGAUGCCAUUUUGGAAUAACUUAUUGCUUCCGUAUUAACAGUUGUAAAUUAUUAUAGACUCUAGCAGUAGUCCGAUGCCCUCAAGGUGAGUAGUGCUUUGAGGGUGACAGGAAUAAUGGUGGCAUAACUUUGUGAUAUUACUGAUGGGCAGAAACCCAAGAUGGGGUUAUGUUGAGCACAAACCCAAGAAGCAGUUAUCAGAGGUACUAGAGUAAACCUACAGGGCAGGCCCUCUGCCUUCCACAGUAAAGAAAUCCUUUUAGCCACACUUCACAGGGACAAAGGAGGAAUAGCUUUAUCUUUAAUAUAAAAUACCAGAAUGCAACACUGUAUACUUAUGUUCCUAUGCAACUGGAUCCAAUUGCACCACUAGUGUCCUGGCCAUGUUCUGUUCAUAUUCAUAUGUUCAUAUUAUCCAAAAACAACUUCCUGUCCUGAUGUUCUGUAACUCUGUGUUCAGUUUUAUAACUGGUAUUUCUGCCUCUGAGUGUUUUGAUUGUACAGCAUUAUCGGGAAAAUAUUUUUUUAAGCAUGUAACCCAUAGUGUAUGUAUAUUUAUAAAUUAUAUAUUCCUACAGCAAUAUACAAAAAUAGAAGUGUUAAAUAGGUAAAAAUUAAGAGAGAAGUUCUAGGUUUUAUUUCUAAUGUCCUAUUUUGUAGAUCAUUUUUAUUUUUAUACACAGCAUGUUUUAUCACCAAAAAGCAUUUUAAUUUAACAUGUUAUAGAAUGCUUACUAUGUGUAAAUGGUUGCUAGUUUCUGAACAAGAAUCAGGUAAAGUAUAUUUUCUCCGUUUAAGGUGAGUAUAAUAUGGACAAACAAAUGACUGGUUGAUGGUACAAUAAGAACGAUUAGAAGAGAAACACAGAGUGUUGAGAACACAGUGGAAGAAUAUGAGCAACAUAGAUUAAGAGUUGGGCUCUUAUUUAAGAAUAGAAGGGCAUUUGAUUGUAGGUGUAAUUAGUAUUUGAGCUACUAAUCUAUGCCAGGCAACAUACUGGUUGCUUUAUGUAUAUUUUAAUUCUCAAGAUAGUCUUAAAGGGAGACACGCAUAUCAGGUCUAGAUAGUCUAAACUCCAUUUUAUAAAAAAGCCAGGAUUAGAUUCAAUGCCAUCCUUCUUCGAAACUCUGUCAUCCUGGACAAAGGAAGUAAUACCCAUUUUUCUCUUAAGAUGUUGACUUCACUUCUCCACCAAAGACAAAGUGAAUCUCUACAGCAUUGCUAUUUGCUACCCAGGCUUUGGGGUGACUGCAGAAUUCGUAUGGAAAGAAAAGAUGCGGCAAAGUUGCUUCUUCUCUAAGAAUUUUAAGCACAGCCAAUGAUAUGUCAGAAGUUUAUCCUUAAAUAUCAAUUCUUCAUUCUCUCCAAAGCUUUCACUUGGACUAGUCUCUCUCUGAGACUGCUGUUAUUUUCUUGUUCUAACCUGAAAUUUUCUUUCUUUGCUGUUGGACAGGAGUCUAAUGAGGGAGUAACCAUUUUUGUUUUAUGACAUUUGGUGUAGCAGUAGAAUUCUUUGUUUAAAAAAAAAAACCUUUUAAGUGUGUUUGCCAUUUAUUAAAGAUAACUUCUGUUUUCUGUACUCUGUCUUUAUUAUACGAAACACACCUACAACCAAAAAAAUCUUUGCUCUGUAGAUAAAAGCAAAAGUUUUUGGUAACAUUAGAAUUUUUGUUUUCAUGUCAACAUUAUUUUUUAAAGGUUGAUUAGGGUGGAGGGAAGGGGUAGAAGAAUUUCAGCUAAGAGUUACCAUCAUCAGUUACUUGUAAAUCUUAGUGCUUCUGUUUAUGUGCUGCCCUUUGACUGCUUCUCAGUAUUUUAUUUUCCUAUAAAAUGAGAAAGGAAGAGUAAGUAAUAUGUCUGUAUUAGACUCACGGUAAAUGACUACUUUCUUUAAAGGGCAUAUUCCUUUGUGGUAUAGGUCAGUUUAAUUUGAACAAACUGUGAUAGGUAUGCUAAUUUUUUAUAGGUCUGUGGGAAUUGGUAUAGAGAAUAUUACUUGAAAUAAAUGGGUAAUUGGCUAUGUUUUUUCUUUUUGUGAUGGCAUAUUUGUAAUAGGACUUAAUUGGAAUGGUCACCUACAGUUUGUUUUUUGCUGACUUUUAAAAGUUGGUGAUUUUACAGUUAAUGAAGAUAGUUGGAUUUUUUUCUUUUUCUUAAAUUAGUUGUAUUUUAGUACUAGAGCCCUACAUAGGCUCUGAUUUACUCACUUAAGUAAAGGAGGGUCAGCUCUUUUACUUGCAGGUGCUCCCACCAGAUCCUGUUGCCCUGUCUUGCUCUUUUGUUCUUCCUCCUUUCCUUGAGCAGUAAUUGGGCUAUUACAGCAUAUUUCCUUUACUUUUUUAUCCUUAUUUACUACUCAGAACUGGCUACUUCUCACCAGUGCAUCGUGUGUCUGUGCUUUGGUACAGGUGCCAGGAAGAGGUGGGUACAGGUGGUCCAGGGCUGCUUCGUGGCCCCUCCCUUAGCACUCUCCAGUCAGCCAAACCAAUUUGGGCCAUCAUUUCAUAUGCUUGGGAUGAGCAUUGAUGAUUUGAAACUUACUACAGGGGUAUUAGAUCUUGUUUUCUCAUGUUUUAAUUUAGCUACAUAUUUAUAAAUGUAAGAUAAACGUGUUAAAUUUACCAAUUUAAGAGACUAGUAGUAGUAUUAGAAACUGGCACUUUCCCCCUCCAAAGAUACUGAUCUUCUUAAACAUUAUUUGUAAGCCUGUGGGACUUCUCCCUAUCAGUAUGCUCCACAUUGAGAAGAAUAGAAGGGGCAUUUUCCUCUAGGACUGGCAGGUUUUCAGACUGCCUGCUGUCCUCAUAAAACAUGUGAUUUAAGAAGACAUUUUACUGUGGGCUCUCAUAGGAGACUUCAUAUUUUGGAUGCAGUCUAUCCACAAUAAGCAGGGAUUUUUGUUGUUUUUAUUUCUAACUUCAAGUGAAAGAAUCUGUUUUGGAGAGAAACCCAGUUAAUCUUAGACUCUAUCCAGCUCAGUGACUGAUGAUCACUUUGCAUAUAAUCAUUCUUGUUUCUGAAUGGUCAUCCAUGAUUGCUCUGAAGUGGGGAGUAGGAGGGGCACCUGGGUGGCACAGUCGCUCAUCUUAGGCUCGUGAGUUCGAGCCCCACGUUGGGCUCUGUUAACAGCUCAGAGCUUGGAGCCUGCUUCAGAUUCUGUCUCUCUCUCUCUCUCUCUCUCUCUGCCCCUCCCCAGCUCAUGCUCUGUCUCUGUCUCUCUCAAAAAUAAACAUUAAAAAUAAUAACAAAAUUGAAGUGGGGAGGAGACGUCUUUUCAAUUAAGCUGCACCUUAAUCUGUCUCUACCUGGAUGUUAUUUGAAUCCCCAAACCCAGAGAGCUGCUCCAUCCUCCCGUCUGUAGCUGCUUGUGUAAUUCCAUCAUCUUUCCAUUGUCUCUUUCCAUUGUCUUAGAACAUUUAUUUCUGAGAACAAAGUAUGGAUCAGGAAAAUGACUCAACCACUAAAAUAACUGAGGAUGAUUUUUCAACUUUUAAAUUGACUUUGGCAUCUACAAUAACAAAUUGCAUGUACUUGUGAUGUAAUAUUUGCUGAAAGUCAUUGGCUAUCCAUUUUCUAUAGUGCUUUUCUUAAAAAAAAAAUUAAAGGUAGAAAUGAGAUCACCUUCAACUAGCAAAGACAGAUUAUGAGGCUUGAAAUCUGUUAUAGAAUUU